CAGAAACUAGCAACCAACAAGUAAGUGAUGAUUUCUUUUUUAACAUAAAGGACAAGUUGGAAGAAACCAUUGAAACAUUGGAGGUGUUGGAAAAACAAAUUGGUCGCCUUGGCUUAAAGGAGUAUUUUGGUUCGAUUAAACAAGAAACUAGAACACCUUCAACUUCUUUGGUUGAUGAUUCUGAUAUCUUUGGUAGGCAGAGCUAAAUAGAUGAUUUGAUUGACCGUUUAAUGUCUGAAGAUGCAAAUGGAAAAAAACUGACUGUAGUUCCUAUUGUUGGAACGGGCGGUGUGGGAAAGACAACACUUGCUAAAGCGGUUUACAAUGAUGAGAAGGUGAAGCACCAUUUUGGUUUGAAAGCUUGGUUUUGUGUUUCUGAGGCAUAUGAUGCUUUCAGAAUAACAAAAGGGUUACUUCAAGAAGUUGGCUCAUUUGACUUAAAGGAUGACGACAAUCUUAAUCAGCUACAGGUCAAAUUGAAGGGAAGCCUGAACGGAAAGAAGUUUCUUGUUGUCUUUGAUGAUGUGUGGAAUGAUAACUAUCAUGAAUGGGAUGACUUGAGAAAUCUUUUUGUACAAGGACAUAUGGGAAGUAAGAUCAUUGUAACUACACGUAAGGAGAGUGUUGCUUUGAUGAUGGGUAGCAGAGCAAUCAACGUGGGAACUCUAUCUAGUGAAGUCUCUUGGGAUUUAUUCAAACGACAUUCAUUAGAAAAUAGGGAUCAGGAACAUCCAGAAUUGGAAGAGGUCGGAAAAAAAAUUGCAGACAAGUGCGGAGGAUUGCCUUUAGCUCUAAAGGCACUUGCUGGUAUUUUACACUGCAAAUCAGAGGUGGAUGAGUGGAGAAACAUUUUAAGAAAGCUGCCAAGUUGUUUUAAUGGUAUAUUACCAGCGUUGAUGUUGAGCUACAAUGAUCUUCCUCCAGAUUUGAAGCGAUGUUUUGCUUUUUGUGCAAUAUAUCCCAAAGAUUAUCAAUUUUGUAAAGACCAAGUUAUUCACUUGUGGAUAGCUAAUGGUAUUUUACCCAAGUUGCAUUCCGGUAACCAAUACUUUCUCAAGUUGAUAUCAAGAUCAUUGUUCGAAAGGGUCCCAAAGUCUAAGGGGAAACCGGAUGGAUUCUUAAUGCAUGACCUGGUUAAUGAUUUGGCCCAAAUUGCAUCUUCAAAACUUUGUAUUAGGUUGGAAGAGAACAAAGGAUCUCAUAUGUUGGAGCAAAGUCGGCACAUGUCCUAUUUAAUGGGCUAUGGUGGCUUUGAAAAGUUGAAACCCCUCUACAAAUUGGAGCAGUUGAGGACAUUGCUUCCAAUCACUAACUAUCACCGAAAAAGGCAAAGCAAUAGGGUGAUGCAUAACAUUUUACCAAGACUAACAUCCUUAAGGCCAUUAUCAAUGUCACACUAUGAGAUUGUUGAGUUGCCAAAUGACUUGUUUAUCAAAUUAAAGAUCCUGAGAUUUUUGGACCUUUCUCAAACAGCGAUUAAAAGGUUGCCAGAUUCCAUUUGUGCAUUGUAUAACUUGGAGACACUUCUCUUGUCAUCUUGUUAUUGUCUUGAGGAAUUACUGCUUCAGAUGGAAAGGCUGAUCAACUUACGUCAUCUUGACAUAAGCAACACUUCUCGCUUGAAGAUGCUGCUUUAUCUGAGCAAGUUGAAAAACCUCCAAGUGCUAGCGGGAGCCAAGUUACCUCUAGGUGGUCGCGGUUUGAGAAUGGAAGAUUUGGGUGAAGUGCAGAAUUUGUAUGGAUCUUUAUCAGUUUUAGAGCUGCAAAAUGUGGUUGAUAGAAGGGAAGCUGUGAAGGCAAAGAUGAGGGAGAAGGUUCAUGUUGAGAAGUUAUCAUUGGAGUGGAGCAACAGUGUUGCGGACAAUUCACAAACUGAAAGAGACAUACUUGAUGAGCUACACCCUCACACAAACAUAAAACAACUCCAAAUCAUCGGAUAUAGAGGAACAAAAUUUCCAAAUUGGCUAUCUGAUCCUUUGUUUCUUAAGCUAGUACAAUUGUCUCUUAGCAACUGCAAGGACUGUGAUUCCUUGCCAGCACUAGGACAGCUUCCUUCUUUGAAAUUCCUUUCGAUUAGAGGGAUGCAUCGAAUAACAGAGGUGACGGAAGAAUUCUAUGGUAGUUCAUCCUCCAAAAAGCCUUUUAAUUCUCUUGAGGAGCUUGAAUUUGAAGGGAUGCCGGAGUGGAAGCAAUGGAACGUACUAGGAAAUGGAGAGUUUCCUACACUUGAGAAGCUUUCAAUUGAAAAUUGUCCGAAGUUGAUGGGGAAGUUGCCUGAAAAUCUUUGUUCUCUUACAGAAUUGAGUAUUUCAAGAUGUCCUGAACUCAAUUUGGAAACACCUAUCCAACUUUCAAGUUGA